CACGGCAGUUUAACUAGUUCUAGUAGUUUUUUGCCAGUUUACUACAACACAGUCAAGUAACAAAAGCAAAUUUGUUAACUGAGGAAAUAGUGCUAUUAUUAUUAUUUUUUAAAUAUGCUAAUGUCAGUCGUAGUUUAUUUCGCAGAAAUUGUGACAGUAGCUGAAUGGCAGUAACACCAACGUGUGGUUGCCCACUAUCGGUCCUGCUUGUUAUCGGUCAGCUAGCUUGGUGUCUGUUAUGACUUUGGACAAGCUAACCAAGAAGUAGCUGAGUAAGAAGGUGACUGCGGCACCGCUCGGGCGUAUUGUACAUUGUUGACGGAACGGCAGUAUAAUGAGGACCUCAACACUUGGAACAAAACCUCACUUCUUUUGCUAAGGAGAUUGUAUUGGACGUCAUCAUGAAGACCAACUCUGCCAAGAGAGGAAGACCACCCCGAAAGAAAACUGAGAUUAUUGGGACUAAAUGUGCCAAAUACACAUUUGUUAAGACGGAGCCACUGCCUACAGAGGGUGUUUUAAUAAAUUCUGAGGCAGAUAAACCUCCAUCACAAUAUCCUUACAAUGGAACCAAAGACUAUUCCUCUUCAGAAAUAAACCAAAUGAAGCAAGAACCAGGUCACUUUCAAUUACAGGCAGCCCAAAUCCAGGAGUUAAUGCAGAGUAGCAGCAGCCUGCAGCCCCUGCCUUCUGAUUUCAAAACACGGUUUCCAAAGACAGAACCACAUUGUGUUCCGAUACAUUUGGAUGAUGUUGAGUUAAAAGCUGAGCCAGACAUUCGUGAUGUGGUGAUGAAUGGCGAGAGAUGUUUACAUUUGAAGGAGGAGCAAGAAGAUGGGACAAAAGCCAAACUUGAGGCAACAGAGAGGUUUGCCGAGAGGACUCUCAGACAGGAUGAAGAACCAGCUUCUAAUUCUAUCCUUUCCUGCCCUUACUGCUCUGUGUCCUUCACUGACUUCAAAUACCUUGAGAAACACCUAAAAUGGACUCAUCGGAGUAACUACCUCGCUUGGCUUAAACAUCACAAAGCACCACCCCAGUGUACCAAAAUAUCUUCCAGCAUGUUGAGCUGCUCCUACUGUCCCAAUCGCUUCUUUACCCAAAGGCAACUAAAGGCACACAUGCAGCGGAAUCAUCUACCUUCACCUGCACCGGCUCGGAAACGCUACACCUGUCCUCAGUGUGACCGCAGCUUUGACUACAUAGGCAACUUGCAGAACCAUUGUCGAAAGUGCCAUGAUUUGGACACUUUGUGUACUGGAGGAGAGCUUAGCUGUUCAGCAUGUGGAAAAAGCUUUGCAGGCAUGUGGGGCCUUGGACCACAUUGCUGUAAUGAGUUGGAGGAGGACGAGGAGCACAAACCGGACCUCAAGUCGGACAGACCUCUUUGCACAGAUCGUGGAUUCCUGUGCCGACAUUGCGGCAAGAACUGCCCUACACUCCAGAGCCUCACCAUACACAUGCGUACCCACACUGGAGAGAAGCCGCACGCUUGUAGGGAAUGUGGCCGUGGCUUCAGCGAGUUGGGCAGCCUGCGCAGGCACAUGGCCAUCCACACUGGCAUCAAGCCCUAUGAGUGCCCAGAGUGUGGCAAGCACUUUGCCAGGAUGAACCACCUCAGCACACAUCUGCGAACGCACACGGGUGAAAGGCCAUAUCAGUGCUCUGACUGUGGGAUGAAGUUCAGCCACAAGGCUACACUUCAUAUGCAUCAGCGUGUUCAUUCCAGAGAAAAACCCUUCUCUUGUCCAGACUGCAGCAAAGUAUUUGCAACACUGGGCAACAUGAAGGCCCACCAGCUGAUGCACAACCAAGAUAGGAUUUAUGAGUGUGAGCAAUGUGGAAAGAUGUUUGCACGGCCGGAUGUCCUAAAGAAGCACUUGCACACUCACAGUGGAGAGAGGCCUUACCUUUGCACUGUCUGUGGGAAGAGCUUCAGUCGCAUCCAGCACUUGACGAACCACCAGCGCACACACACGGGCGAGAGGCCAUACAACUGCGAGGAGUGCGGCACCACCUUCAGCCAGUCGGGCGAUUUGACCAAACACAUGCGCAGUCACACGGGAGAAAAGCCGUAUGCCUGUCCGGACUGUGACCGUCGCUACAACAACUCUGGGGACUUGAGCAAGCAUAGGCGCAGUCACACUGGCCAGAGACCUUACCGCUGUCAGCAGUGUAACAAAGCGUUUCUCAUGCCUCACCACUUAAAGACACACAUUCUCACGCACACUGGAGAGAGGCCGCAUAGCUGUCCACAAUGCUGUCGAACCUUUAUACGGGCCCACCACCUUACCCAGCACAUUAUCAAGCAUCACUAAAUUUGAAGAGAUUGCUUAUUUUAGUGUCGGGUGGCAAUUUAGUAAGUAAAAACAACACUUGCAAACAAAUGUUUCAAUUCAUUUUCCACAGAUAACUAUUGAGGAACUGAUUUAAGAAACCCAAGCCUUCUCUUUGGAAAACCAUAAGAUGGUAGUACAUUGCCCCCUUAUGCUCAGUCUUUGAAAAGAAAUUUCUUUUAAGAAAAAGUGAUAAAAUAUUGUUGAAAACGUAAGUGAUUGCUUGACAAAAAGCUGAAUUUACACAUUUGCUCUCUAAUAUUUUGCCCCACAUGUCAGUAAUGUCUGGUACUUCUUUAGCUUUGACCUAGAACUAGAGACAGUUGUAGCUAACAAAUAAGAAGAUUAGACCUACCCACAUUAUUAGUUAGAAACCUGAUAGCCAAAAGUAUCCUAUACAUGUCUUAAACCACUUGGGGUGAUUAAGUAUUGUCAAACCUACUUAUGUGUUUUUUACAUUGUGUGGCAUGACAUUAUCACAAAUGUAUGUUGCAUAGUAAAAAAAAAAAACAAUUUUAUCUAUACUUUUGUCCAUUUUUAAUAGAUACUGGUAUGUCAUACAGCAUCAAAAACUACAUUAGCAAUAGUACAUGUGAUUUGAGAAAAGUGUCAUUUAGGCAUGCGGUUUGCACAAGAUUAUAUGUUGGCACUUGGCUAAUACACUACAUUUGGGGUAAGGAGGGAUUUUGCCACUUUGAUUAAAUGUAUAGACAACCUACAUCUUUCAUGCCUUACUAUGUUGGGGUCAGCCUUUCAAAUUGAGCAUGUAUUUUUCUUAAGCUGACCUCUUCCCAAGUAAUAACUGUGAUCAGUUAAUGUCUUAUCUGAUUGCAUUCUGAUGGAUUUCAUGAUUUGCACCUGCUGAUAAAUAUAGGAAAAUGGAAAAUUGGUCUUGUUUUAGACUCAUAAAUUGUGCAUAUUGAACAUAUUUUAAUAGAGUUUAAAAUAGUUUUCCAAUAAAAUGUCAGAUGCUGUAGAUCUUCCAAGAAAAAAAUGCAUAUAAUAACAACAAAACAUUUUGUUCUCAUAACAGACUUUGAAUGUAUGUGUUCAUAUGAAAUAAAAUCCUUAAUAGCAGAGCCAUAAUUGUGGCUUACAGUUCAUGGGGACAUCCAUAUCCUUAAGCUGUCAAGCACAUUUGACUAGUGGACCUGUAAGAAGCAUUUGCAAGGGUUGCCCUUAUGGUGUGACCUUUGAUUAUGGGAAAUGCUGCAGGUGAUAAAACAUAAAGACUGUACUAUUCAGUAUGCAGCAUUGCUCAGGUAUGUUAAACAAAACAGCCAUGUUUGUAGCGCCUGCAGUGGAAUCAGCUGAGCCAUUCACCUCUUCCAAGCCAUUAGGAAAAAAAAAUGUUCCAUUUUAAGGGUUAAGGAAUGCAGUAGCUAGAGUAAACGUGACAAUGCAACAUUACUUAUGUGACGUAAUAAAAUGUUAAAACCACAGCAAAAGCUAGAAUAUAUCUGUUACAGUGUAACGCAGAUAUAGUUGACCCCUGUAUUUCCCCUGUAUUGGGAACCAGUGCCAUAAAGAAUGCUGAUCUAAUGCUACAGAGAAUUAUAAGCCUAUGUAUGUUUCAACAGCAAGCACAUAAUGAUCCGACGAUUUACAUUAUUAGAAUCCAUGUUGCUGAUAACAAGUAGAAACUGCUUUCUGCAUGAGGUGCCUGCUAGCGCGCUUGUGAAACCAUAGAUAGAUAAUUUAUAUUCAUUUUAAAAAUUCAAAUAUAAUGGGCCUUAUGGGACCUGAAAACCUUAAAAACAUUUAAGGGUAGUUCUGAGCUGUGUUUGGUAAAGUUCUCAGAGUUCUGCUUUUGUUUGCACAUCUAAUGUAACAAAUUCCACAGAAUUAUUGGAUUUCAUUUUAGAUUCAAGUCUGCAAAUAUAGUCAGAUUAUUUGUUCAUUUGUUCAGAACUAUUUGUUCAGUAUUUGUUCAGUCUGUUAUAUUUGUUAAUGUAUUACUGCUUAAUCUGCUGUUUUUGUUUUUUUUUUCCCUGUACAUAUCCUACAAAAGUAUAGAGAACAGUUUAUGAAUGGAUUUCUGAAUUGAACUGACAAAUGUAAAUGCCUUUAAAUAAUUCCUCACAUGCAGUUAUUUCUAUCAUAAUUUAACCACUGUGGAUUAUGGAAAUGGUCACUUCUGCUGUCUCUGUGGCUGCAUUAGCCUUUUUCACACAGUGGCCACUUUAACGUUAAAGGUAACUGCUGGGUCUAAUUGUUAGAAAUGUAGAAAAAAGACAAACACCUGUCAAUUUUUGUACCAUUAUGCACGUUAGUUGUAAGUAAACAUAACAUUAACUAGGUAGCUGGCUUAGCUAACUUACUUUAACUACACUGUUUUAAGGGGACUGGGUCUUACUUUCAUGGAUGUAGCUGUAAAGCCAGCUGCUCUGUCCCUUUCUUUGUAUCCUUUGAUUUUGCAGACCUAUUUGCCCUUUUUCCAAUACUUUCCAAUAAAUUUUGAUGUGGAGCA